AUGGAACUUUUAAGAAGCGCAACUGAGGCUUGGAACGAAGAUUAUUUUCUUGCAAAUUCCAACAAUUUAGAAAUAGAGAGGACUCUAGCAACCCAACACAACACACUCAAUAGAGCAUUAUCUACAAGAGCUUAAGAAGUUCUUAAUAAAGAACGAUCAAUUCUUUUUGAAUAAGUCCUUCCCGAUGAACCCUUAAAUAGAGUGAUUGAAAUUGAUUUUGAUGAAGAUUCUAUCGAUGUUGAGGAAUACAUGAGAAAAAGAAUAGCUUUGAUUUAAGCAACAAGAAAGGAUCAUUUUUCAGCAGGUAUCUAGCUUCAAAAGAUCGAUAUCUAUGCUGAAAAAAAAUUGAUGAAACUUAGAGACGAACUCUAUGAGGAGGAUCAAUCAAUCAUCACUGGAUUUUUCUUUGAUAAGUAUCAAAAGCUGUAGAAAUCGAGACUUUAUGAGGCCCUUAAGAUGAUGCCAAAGCCAGCUGUGCAUCACUGUCAUUUGACUGCUGCUGCCCCUAUUGAUUAUUUGAUCAGAUUGACAUACUAUGACUUCGUCUACUACAAUGAUAGAGAAUAGCUUUUUAAAGUCAGCAGAAAUGGCGUAAAUCUUGACGGCUACUAGUAGGUGACCACUUUGAGAAAGUAUUGGUCCAACUCAGUAACCUUUGAUAACUACAUCAAGCAAAAAAUCCUUAUGGGAAGAGACCAAUGUGCUUGCUAAGAAUCUCACACUAUCUGGCAAGCAUUUUAGCCAAAAUUCAUGUUAACUUGUGAUCUUUACAAUCAUUAUGAAUUCUUUGAAAAGAUUCUCUUCAAGGUAUGUAAAGUCUUCAUCAAGGAAAUGGUAUUUGUACUAGAAUUAAGACAUAUCUUCGGCAUGGUAAUAGACGACAAUGGAAAUCCUAUUGGAGUGCCAGAGGAAAUCAAAAUAUUUAAAAGAGUUCUUGAUAAGAUUAAGAGAGACUAUCCACUAUUCACUGUUAGGUUGAUCAUUUGUGGACUCAAAAUUAUUGGCCAUGAUCACUGUCUAAAAAUGAUGAAGGCUACAACAGAGGCUUAAUACUUAAGUGAGCUUGUUGUUGGCUGGGAUAUGGUGAAUGAGGAAGAUGCAUUUGCUCCAAUUUUAGACUAUGUAAAAAUGAUAAAGGAGUAUCAAGGCCAUACUGAUGUGGACGUAGUUUUACAUGCUGGAGAGAGCUGUGAUAGAAGCAAUACAAAUGUGAUUGAUGCAGUCUUGCUAGGCACAAAGAGAAUAGGCCAUGGAUUCGGUCUAGCUAAGCAUCCUCAUUUACAGGAGAUCGUAAAGAAGCAAAAUAUUUGCAUUGAAUGCUGUCCAGUAAGCAACAUCAUACUAGGCUAUACUCUUGAUUUGAGAUGCCAUCCAGUUAGAGCAUUCUUACAUCAAGGACUUCCAGUUUCUAUCAGUCCAGAUGAUCCAGGAUUUUUCGAUGCUGAGGGAGUCACUUUAGACUAUCUUUACGCUUUUAUGGCUUGGGAGCUUGACCUUGCAGACUUGAAAUAACUUUGUAUCAACUCACUCAACUACUCACUUAUUACUGAUGAUGAAAAAGAAAAGAUUAGACCAUUCUUCGAGGAGAGAUGGGUCAGAUUCCUUGAAUUUGUGAGAGGAAAGUUCUGA